GGGAGGGACCGUGUGAGUGAGGCAGAGACAGGGAGAGGCGGCGGUCCGGCAGCCUGUUACCGGCGGCACGGGGGCACAGACGGAAUCAGGGCGGCACCUGGCCGCGGGGAACCGGGAGCCCAGCGUCCCGGGACGGAGCGGGAUGAAGUUCCGCGGAGGCCGGGCCGGGGCCCAGGGAGGCGAGCGGGCGCGACUGGCCAUGGAGGGGGCUCUGACUGCGAGGGACCGCGUGGGAGUGCAGGACUUCGUCCUGUUGGAGAGCUUCACCAGCGAAGCGGCCUUCAUUGAGAACCUGCGCAAGCGUUUCAAGGAAAGCCUCAUCUACACGUACAUCGGCUCGGUACUGGUGUCGGUGAACCCGUACCGGGAGCUGGAGAUCUACAGCCGGCAACACAUGGAACGGUACCGUGGCGUCAACUUCUAUGAAGUCUCGCCCCACAUCUACGCCAUCUCGGACAACUCGUACCGCUCGAUGCGAUCGGAGGGCAAGGACCAGUGUAUCCUGAUCUCCGGGGAGAGCGGGGCCGGGAAGACGGAAGCCUCCAAGAAGAUCCUGCAGUAUUACGCGGUGACGUGCCCCAGCAGUGACAGGGUGGAGACGGUACGAGACCGACUGCUGCAGUCUAACCCCGUUCUGGAGGCGUUUGGAAACGCAAAGACUCUCCGUAACGAUAAUUCCAGCAGGUUCGGCAAGUACAUGGAUGUCCAGUUCGACUUCAGGGGAUCACCGGUGGGAGGUCACAUCCUGAACUACCUGCUGGAGAAGUCCCGGGUUGUUCACCAGAACCACGGUGAGAGGAAUUUCCACAUCUUCUACCAGGUGAUUGAGGGAGGCGACAAUGACCUUCUUCAACGACUUGGUCUGGAACGCAACCCACAGAGCUACCAGUACCUCGUCAAGGGUCACUGUGCCAAGGUCAGCUCCAUCAAUGAUAAGAACGACUGGAAGACGGUACACCGAGCCCUGUCUGUCAUCAACUUCAGCAACACUGACAUCGAGGAGCUGCUGAAUGUCGUGGCGAGUGUCCUUCACCUGGGAAACCUGCAGUGCCUGGCAGAUGACGAAGGGAACGCGACCGUCAACGGGGAGAACCAGAUACGCCUGCUUUCCCGGUUGCUGGGUGUUCCUGGGUCAACCCUGCGGGAGGCCCUGAUCCACAAGAAGAUCACUGCCAAGGGAGAGGAGCUGAUCAGCCCGCUGAACGUCGAGCAGGCAGCCUACGCACGAGAUGCUCUGGCAAAGGCGGUCUACGGACGGACCUUCUCUUGGCUGGUGAACAAGAUCAACGAGUCCCUUGCUCACCAGGACUCCACAUACACAGAGAACUACCGACCCAACGUUAUCGGACUGCUGGACAUCUACGGGUUUGAAGUAUUUCAGCACAACAGCUUCGAGCAGUUCUGCAUCAAUUACUGCAACGAGAAACUGCAGCAACUUUUCAUUGAACUGACGCUCAAGUCUGAGCAGGAGGAGUAUGAGUCAGAGGGAAUCGGCGGGAGUCCCGGCAGGCUGCCCUCGUGGGAACCCGUUCCGUACUUUAACAACAAAAUCAUUUGUGACCUGGUGGAGGAGAAGCAUAAGGGGAUCAUCUCCAUCAUGGACGAGGAGUGUUUAAGACCUGGUGAUGCAACUGAUUUGACCUUCCUGGAGAAGCUGGAGGAGACAGUGGGAUCCCACCCUCACUUCACAACGCACAAGUUGGCAGAUCAGAAGACGCGGAAGACCCUGGCCCGGGAGGACUUCCGUCUGCUACACUAUGCGGGCGAGGUGAAUUACAACGUGACAGGAUUUCUCGACAAGAACAAUGACCUCCUGUUCCGGAAUCUGAAGGAGGCGAUGUGUGACUCUGGGAAUCGCAUCGUUAGUCAGUGCUUCCCGCCGGCCGGGCCCGAGGACAAGAAGAGGCCGGAGACGGCCGCCACCCAGUUUAAGAACAGCCUGGCGAAGCUGAUGGAGAUCCUGAUGUCGAAAGAUCCGUCCUACGUGCGCUGUAUCAAACCCAACGAUGCCAAACAGUCAGGCAGGUUUGAUGAAGUCCUGAUCAGACAUCAGGUCAAGUAUCUCGGUCUGAUGGAAAACCUGCGGGUGCGCAGAGCUGGGUUUGCAUACCGGCGAAGAUUCGAGAUCUUCCUGCAGAGGUACAAGUCGCUCUGCCCUCAGACGUGGCCCAACUGGAGAGGUCCCCCUGCCGAUGGGGUGGCAACACUGGUACAACACCUAGGAUACAAGCCGGAAGAUUACAAGCUUGGCAGAACAAAGAUAUUUAUCCGUUUUCCCAAAACCCUGUUUGCCACAGAAGAUGCCUUCCAGCUACAGAAGAACUCAAUCGCCACGAAGAUCCAGGCAGAAUGGCGCGGAUUCCACCAGAGGCAGAAAUACCAGAAGCUGCGAUCCUCGGCAAUCACCAUCCAGUCAUGGUGGAGAGGGGAGAUGGGGCGCCGUGUGGCAGCACGCAGGAGAAACGCUGCAAACACCAUCCGCAGGUUUAUCAAGGGUUUCAUUAACCGGCACAAACCGCGCUGUCCAGAGAAUGAGUAUUUUGUGGAUUAUGUCAGAUGCUCCUUCCUGAUGAAUUUGAAACGCAACUUGCCAAAGAACGUUCUGGAUAAAUCAUGGCCAGUGCCUCCUCCAGCUCUGUCUGAGGCCUCUGAGCUGCUGAGGGAGCUACACAUGAAGAACAUGGUCCAGAUCUACUGUAAGAAGAUCACUCCGGAGUGGAAGCAACAGCUGGAGCAGAAGGUUGUGGCAAGUGCACUUUUCAAGGACAAGAAGGACAACUACCCCCAAAGUGUGGCCAAACUCUUCGCCGACUCUCGUAUCUCAAUGAACGAGAUCAACUCGAAGGUGCUGCAGGUGAUCGAGAAAGAUAGCAUCAAAUACGCAGUGGCGGUGACGAAGUACGAUCGGAAUGGUUACCGGGCACGGCCUCGCCAGCUACUGAUCACAGCCAGCAGUGCCUACCUCGUAGAGGAAGGCAAACUCAAACAGACUAUCGAUUACUCUAAACUCAAAGGAAUAUCGGUCAGUUCACUCAGUGACGGCCUCUUCGUCCUGCACGUUCCCUGUGAGGACAAUCGGCAGAAGGGUGACCUGGUGUUGCGGAGUGAUCACGUGAUCGAGACGCUGACCAAACUGGCCAUUGAGUCAGACAAGGUCAACAGUGUCAACGUCAACCAGGGGAGCAUUAAAUUUACCAUUAAACAAGGCAAGGAGGGCAUCAUCGACUUCACGUCGGGGUCCGAGCUGAUAAUUUCCAAAGCAAAGAAUGGACAUCUGUCUGUGGUGGCUCCGCGCCUGAACUCCAGAUGACGGAGGGUAGGGAUUGCGACGGCCACCCCACACACGCACGGUCCGAUGAACGGGAGUCCGAGAGUUCACCGGUGAGACAUUCGAGAUGCUGGCCUUCGUCACACACCUACACAAACUGUGCUCACCAUGACUGCCAAAGUCUGUGCUUCCAGCUGGGAACUCUCAUUCCCAGUUCAUACAUUAAUCACGCAAAAUAAAUUUAAUGGAAGUUUAUAUUAAAGAGUAUUUGCCAUUAUCAUGGACUCACCAAGUUUAAUCACUCUCCUGCCUCUGUGCACAAUGGUGCUUUAAGGAAAACAGUAUAACCUCUCUGUCUCUCUGCCAAAUCCACUGUGCUUCACACUGCCUCAGACCCAGUCGGUGUCUGUGCUGCCCUCCGGGAAAUGGUGACUGAGAGUUGGUGCUGAGGUGGGGGUCUACCAUCACUGAUUCCUCCACUGCCACCCUCAUGACGAUCUCUACACCGCUGGGCCUUUAGUCAACUGCCCCACUUUGGGGUUUCUGUACCGAAGGAGAUUGUAUCCUGGUAGGUUGGAGUGGCCUGGUGGUCUCAUGGACUUCCUCAGUGGAGGGUCCACUGUCAAUGGCAUCCUAGGGCGAACAUCCUGUUAAUGGUCACUUCCUCGCUGAACAUAGGAGCAGAAUUAGGCCAUUUGGCCCAUCAAAUUUGCUCCACCAUUCCAUUGUGGCUGAUUUAUUAUCCCUCUCAACCCCAUUCCUGUCUUCUCCCUGUAACCCUUGAGCCCUACCUAAUUAAGAACUUAUCAACCUAUACCCAAUGACUUGGUCUCCACUGUUAUCUUUACAAUGAAUUCUACAGAUUCACCAUCCUCUGGCUAAAGAAAUUCCUCCUCAUCUCUGCUCUACACAGAUGUCCUUUCAUUCUGUCCUUCCUCUGGUCCUAGACUCCUCCAUUAUAGAAAACAACAUCUCCUCAUCCAGUCCUUUCAGAAUUUCAUAGGUUUCAAUUAAAUCCCCCCUCAUUCUUCUAACCUCCAAUGGGUACAGGCCCAGAGCCAUUAAAUGUUCUUUCAUUCAUGUGAAUCUCCUCUCCAAUGUCAGCUCAUCCUUCCUUAGAUAAGGGCCCCAAAACUGCUCACAAUACUCCAAGUGAGGUCUGACAACUGCCCAUAAACCCUUCAGCUCUCCGCAGUUGUUCAGUCACUGCGGGUACACCGGCUCCAUCAGAUCAACUGAGUCUGCCACAAGUACAGCGACCUCAUGUGCUCAUCUGACUCUCCCUCUUCCCAUUUAAUGACCCCCCCCCUCACAACACAACCACAUCAGUCAGUGACCCACCCUACCCUCUAAAGUGGGCAGUUGUGACCCUCCCACCACGGGGGUGGGUGAGUUGAUGUGAUGUUGUAAGUAGUGGUUGAGGGGACAGGGAUGCCUCCUGGUGAGGAUGCACUGCAGGAGAGUGCAGAUGUCUGGUCUGUCCACCACAGAAAGUUCAGACGUCUGGUCUCCACACUCACCACAGAGGGUACAGAUGUCUGGUCUCUGCCAGACUGAACAGUGUGUCUGAUCUCCCCAGCGUGCAGACAUACGUAUGGUCUCCCCAUCCACCACAGAAAGGACAGACGUUUGGUUUCCCUAGCAUGUAGUCUCCCUGCGCUGGUCGUCUGGGUUUGGUUGCAGAGAGGUUGGGUAGACAGGGCCCAGAGGUGCAGCUGUUGAGACAAACAGGAGUUGAUCUCACUUGAUUGCUCCAGGAAGGAGGCAGUGGGGGAGGUGGGGGCAAGGACUAGGAGUCCCAAUCAGGGACGUAGGCUUAGUGAGAUAAAGUGGGCUGAAUGGCCUGGCCCUUGGCCCCAGUAACCCAUUCCCACCCUCCCUCAGGGUGUUCUCGACAUUGGACUGGGUGUGAGGAGCUGGGUUGAGGCAUGCAAGGGUGGGGCAGAUGUGGGGCUUCCUUCAGGCCAAGCCUGCAUUGGGGUGACAGGCCAAGAGGCUGGAGCCGUUCCCUGGGCAGGAGCAUUCUAAAUAAAGUAUACGCAAUGUUAAUUAAAGACUGUAGUAAUCUUUGUAUGGAUCGAUGUGUCAGACUUGGUUUCAAUAAAACAAUAUUUUCCAA